AUGUAUGGGCUGCCACGGGACCCCCUCUCGGUGGAGUCUGCGGUGCUGAUGAGCAACUCGCGCCGUUGGCCCCUCAUUGUGGAUCCGCAGACGCAGGCCAACAAAUGGAUCAGGGCAAUGGGUAAAAUAGAGGGGCUGAUUGUGUGUAAACCAAACGAUAGGGAUCUUUUGAGGAGCUUUGAGUCGGCGUUAAGAUUCGGAAAACCGAUUCUGUUGGAAAACGUUGGGCUGGAACUUGAUCCAGCAUUGGACCCAGUGUUGAAGCGUCAGUACUUCCGACAAGCGGGUCAACUGGUUCUAAAGCUUGGAGAUUCACUGAUACCAUUCACUCCAGGAUUCCGUCUAUACAUCACCACUAAACUACCGAACCCAAAGUACACACCCGAGACGUCGGUGAAGGUGCAAAUUGUUAAUUUUGCUCUCGUGCCCAGUGGUCUGGCAGAGCAGUUGCUCUCCAUAGUGGUGGCGCAGGAGAGGCCAGAUCUAGAGGAGCUGCGUGGCCAGCUGAUUGUGACGCGGGCCCAGAUGGCCGUGCAGUUGGCCGAGAUGCAAUCGGACAUCCUGUACGGGCUGUCCAACAGCGAAGGUUCGCCGGUCGAUGACCUCCCCCUCAUUCUGACACUGGAGGCAAUCAAGAUCAAGAGCGCCGAGAUUAUAAUCAAAGUGGAAGACAUUGAGAAGACAUCCAAGGAGAUCGAUGACGCCCGGCUGGGAUACGUGCCGGUGGCCAAUAGGGGGCAGAUCCUGUUCUUCUGUUUGUCUGGCAUGGCCAACGUGGACCCAAUGUACCAAUACUCGCUCGAGUGGUUCGUGAAGCUCUUUAUACGCAGCAUGGCCGAGACUGAACAAAAUGAGGACAUACUGGAGCGGGUCGAGAUCAUCAUCGAACAUUUCACGUUCCUGUUGUACCAGAACGUUUGUCGUAGCCUUUUCGAGAGGCACAAGCUGUUGUUCGCCUUUCUGCUAUGUGCACGCAUUCACUUGGACAAAGGGAUCAUUAGACUGGCGGAGUUCAAUUUUCUGCUUAACGGUGCCAAGAUUGAGGAGGAAUUGGAAAAUCCCGAGCCCAAAUGGAUCACCGAGCGGAUGUGGCUGGAUACCCAACAGCUUGCAUCAUUGCCCACCAUGAAGAAGUUUGUCAUAGAGUUUCCGGAAUACGCAAAGUUCUUCCGCACUUAUUACGAGGCGCUGAAUCCACAAAAAUUACCUUUUCCAAAGCCGCUCGACACUCAGUUGGACGCGUUUCAAAAGUUACUUGUGCUAAAAUGCUUCCGUCCAGACAAAGUGAUAAACGGUUUUCAGGAAUACGUGGUGGUGGGUUUGGGGGCGCGUUUCGUGGAACCCCAGCCGGCGGACCUUGCGGCUCUCUACGCCGAGUCCGACCCGCUGGCACCCAUCAUUUUCGUCCUGUCCACCGGCACGGACCCAGCCGCUGAUUUACUCAAAUUUGCGGACAAGAUGAAGAUGGGAAAACGUUUCGAAAGCAUUUCCCUCGGCCAGGGCCAAGGUCCGAUCGCAGAGAGCAUGAUGAAAGCGGGCUGCGAGUUUGGCUCGUGGGUUUUCUUCCAGGUGAAUGAUGAAAAU